CACAGCGCAACAGCGCCAGAUUUCCCUCCAAGUUAUAUGUUUAUCUAUGGUUAUAUUGUGAGAAACUCUGUGGCCGCCCCAGCCAACGUUCUUUGCCUCAACCGCUAGCCCCACUCAACCGUAUUCUAAAUUUCUAGUACUAUAAUAGUAGUAGUUAGUAGAAGUCACUAGUAUACAUAGUGACAGUACAGUGUACUAGCUGUAGUGAUAGUACACUCUAGUAUUAGCAAAGAUGGCGGCGGCCACAAAUACUCCUUGGUUAAGCUUGCUGUCAAAAUUCCCUGCUGAAAGAGCUGAAAAAUACCUGGACUGUAUAGUGAGCAGCCUGUGUGGCCAGCAGCGGGGGCCAUCGUUCCACCACUGUUCCCAGGUGUGGUCACUUACCGAAUUCUGGCAGUCCACCAGUGCCUGGAGGGACUUUUUCGGCCGGCUUGACCCUGAUGAGUGCACCUUCAACAGUGAACAUGGCUCACCAGUCCAGCGUCCCUUGAGCGUCAAGAAGAGUGUCCACAAGUCCUUUGGGGGGUUGCUGAAUGUCCUGCCAGCCACUCACCAAGCCGUGGUGCGCAAGGUGACUCAAAGUCGACGCGAGGACAUUCGUCACCAGCUGCUGCACAAGACAGAUGACAUUGGAGCUCGUGCCUUGACCGACCUGGACUGGAGUGUCAAGUUGGUGUUGGGCAGUGACACGGUGCCGAGCCUGGGCAGGCUGCCGCUGGCCUACCUGAGCCUGUUUAUGGGCAACGACACCGUGUGCAUCGAAGUGAGCGUCGCUGAAGUUGGGCGGCUCAUUGCCUCCCUCGAGGCGGCACACAAGGUGCAGUGGUGUGAACAAGAGAAGGCCGUCACACGAAGUACAGGAUGGGUCCAGGAGCGUACAUAAAGUCACAGCUGUUCUGCAGCAAAGUAAUGGAAUCAGCACGGCUUCCGAGGGCAAAAUCCAGGGGUCUGAUCGACGCCAGGCCUAG